GUUUGGUCGUUGCCACACGGAGAUUCAGAGAGAAAUCUCUCCCUUUCUCUGCAACUCUCGCAAGCUGGCCACCACUGCCAUGUAGAGGCAGACGCACCGGAGCCUAGCUACUCACUCACCAGAUCAGCAUCCAUCGCCACUCCACCACCACUCAACUUUUCUUCCCCUGUCCUCUGUCCGUCUCACUGCCUCUCCCGUUCUUCCCUCAAAUCCCGGGCGGCUGCUCUGGGCCUCCUCCGCGUCCUCGUCAGGUGAUUUCUCGGGCCACCGUGUAUUCCGCCAUCCUUCUUUCCCUUCAGGAUCUGGAAGAUAUAUACAAUCAACGCCUCCUUUAAUUCAUAGCAGAUUUCAUCAGACCAACUAAUCAAUGGUGCUACGUAUUGAUUCACCUUGCUGAUAUUCUAAACAAAUCGAACGUAUAUAACCUGGUUGGAAUCAUCAUAAGGAACCGAUGUGGGACUAUUUGAGAAUAUUUGUCGAUUGCUCCCUUUCCUGAAUACCAAUAGACAAGCCCACCAAAUGGCAGGCCCAAGAGGAAGGCCGAUGUGUUAGGGGCGAGUACGACACCUGCACAUAGGGCCUACCUGCACAACACAACGGACGCGGUGAUAUUUUUCUGCCUAGACGAAACGUUUUCUUCAUAGAGCGGUGGCAUUGCCUGUAAUUUCACCUGGAAAUAAUGGGUAAUUAAAAAACGGACGAAAUUUUUGGGGAGAAACCUUACUUCCUUUAUUAGUAGGUAAAGAUAAACUGAAAGGAGAAAAAAGAGAGAUAAGCAACAUCUUUUGUUGGGCCGCAUUUGGAGCAGCCCAGGAGGAAGCUCCUCAAGCGGAGCGUACGCUCGCUCCCGCUAAAGGCGGAGCAUAGGCGCUCCCUUUGCCACCGCUGCGUGACGUUCCGCGCGCGCUCGCUCCGGGGAUGGCUGGGCGCCAGGCUGGCCUUCAUAUGGGCCGCGCCGCGCGUGGUGGCACUCCCGCCACGGCGCUCCGCGCGCAGCGCGGCGACGGAGCGGAGCCAACGGCGGAGGCGCGCAGCGACACGAACGUGCUUUCCGAUGGCGUCCAAGAGCACGAGCACGAGGGCCUGCCGCCGGAGCAGCUGGAGCUGCUGGAGGACGAGUCGAUGGGCGGGGAGGACGAGGGCCGGAGCGCCACGGACUACGACCGCCGCGCGCACAUCUUCGAGGAGAGCUCGCGCGUGUUCCGGGACCUCAAGCACCGCCGCGACGGCGAAGGCGACAGCGGCGUGAAGGUCGGCGCUGGAGCCGAGGGGCACGGAUGAAGCAGCACGCCGCCGACAGCACUAUUUCAGAAGCGAGAAAGUCAGGAAAGUGCUCUAGAUCAGUGUGUGCCCAGCACGUGUUUUUCAUGUAUCUUCUCUAUGCCGAUCGCUGUAUGGAGGUUCCUUUCACGCCAUCGAUAUGGUAGAAUGAGUGCGACACCGUGAUUAGAAAUAAUCGGUGCGAUGAACUGUGUACAUCGAUCGAAGAUUCGAAGCAGCUUAAUACUCUGAAGCACUGUACAUGAUAUAGCA